AUGCAGGACCCCGUACGACUUGCGAGUAUUGAGAACGGCGCAAAGAAGAUGGUGGCCUCUGAAGCAAUUGGGAUGCGCCUGGGUCUUGGGGGAAACAAGACGCUGACGAUUGGCGAGAAGGAUCUCGUUCUUUUUGAUGGCAAGGGGAAACACACGAUUCCGCUGUAUAAUGUCCUGUGGGCUGAAUUGCGUGACGAUUCUCUGGUAGUGGACUACGCGGCACCGCGGAAGUCGUCGCUGAAGUUGCAGAAGUGGACGUUUGCACUCCCGACUGCAGAGGUGGAGGCUGGCGGUCCGUCGCCUGAGACGUUUGUGUCGGCGCUCAUUGCUGCCGCGUAUGGUGAAGCGAAGCCGCGAAAGCGUGCAUAUGUGCUUAUCAACCCGAACUCGGGCCCUGGAGGAGCGGUGGGCAAGUGGAAGAAGCAUGUCAAGCCAAUCUUUGACGCUGCUAGAAUGGAAAUGGACGUGGUGAACUUGAGCAGGGGCGGAGAGGCGACGGAGCUUUCGGAGAAGGCGGACCUUGACAAGUACGAUACCAUCAUGGCGCUGUCGGGAGAUGGAACGCCGUUUGAAAUCUUCAAUGGGCUCGGGAAGAGACCUGAUGCUGCGAAGGCGUUAGCUAAGAUUGCUGUGAGCCACAUUCCUUGCGGAUCGGGCAAUGCGUUUUCGCUGAACUGCAACGGCACCAAUGAUGCUGGACUGUCGGCCCUAGCGGUUGUAAAGGGCGUGGUGAUGCCAUUGGAUCUUGUGUCCAUCACACAAGGCGAUCGACGCAUCCUCUCGUUCCUGUCCCAGGCUUUGGGGCUCAUUGCCGAAAGCGACCUGGGCACGGAAAAUAUGCGCUGGAUGGGCAACACGCGUUUCGAAGUUGGCUUGGCGACGCGCGUUUUCAAGAAGAAGUCGUAUCCUUUCGACUUGUCUGUCAAGUUGGAGAUUGAGGGCAAGGAGAUGAUCAAGCAGCACUACAAGAAAUAUGCUUCUGAUUCCGCUCUUUUGAACGUGGAUGCUGAGGUUGCAGCGGCUGGGGAAGAGGGCUUGCCAAAGCUGAAGUACGGGACGGUCCAAGAUGAGAUUCCGGGAGACUGGCAGACAGCGUCUCAUGACAAUAUCGGCACCUUUUAUGUCGGAAACAUGGCUUACAUGUCACCCGACGCCAACUUCUUCACUGCUGCCGUGCCCACGGAUGGUCUUAUGGAUCUGGUCAUGAUUCCUGCGGAUAUCUCACCCGUGGCCGUCACCAAGGCUCUUCUCGCUGUUGAAUCGGGCAAAUUCUUCGAUAACCCUCACGUCACGUACAAGAAGAUCUCGGCUUACCGCAUCACCCCUCGGAACCAACAGAGCGGCUACAUCAGCAUCGACGGAGAGCGCAUUCCUUUCGAACCGUUCCAAGCGGAGAUCCAUAGGGGUCUUGGGCGCGUCAUCUCGAAGAAGGGAGUGUAUGAGGCAGAGGGCCCGGCCGGAUGGGAGAAGGCAUAG